AGAAAUUUGAACUCCAUGUGUGUUUGUAACUUAAUUUAGUUUGUAUAUUACGGCAAUUUCCAUCUUUUCGGACUGAACAGUCAGUUUACUGCAGCGUGAUCACAUGUCACAUCCGUCUGUCAUUAUUGCCUUUUCUUGUGGCACAAAUGCAAAAAGUGUGUUUUUGGUGAAGAGUUUUAAGACUUUUAUGAGCAGAAAUAAAUCUAAACUUUUCAUCAAAUCCAGCAAGCUAAGCAGAAAUCCGCUCAAAACGUCACUUUAACCUAAUUAACUGUUUUUACUAGUAGAUUUACUUGGUGUGUUUGGGCGGUGGAGGAUGAAUGGAUGGAGGCGGUUCCCUGCAGGCAGCGCGCGCCGCAGUCAGUCCGUCUGUGUCGCGCGGCGCAGAAACAUCCAGCAGGCAGGGCAGGCAGGGAGGAAACACGGACGCAGACGAGCCACAUUAAAACCCGACCGCCCUGAAAACACCGAGUGGUACCGACUGGACCUCUCCGGGGACAGCGUCAUCAUCUGAGGAAAGAAGGCUGGCUCACCAUGACAGCGGAAGAAACCAUCAAUGUGAAGGAAGUGGAGAUAAUCAAGGUGAUCCUGGACUUUCUAAACUCCAGGAAGCUCCACAUCAGUAUGUUAGCUCUGGAAAAGGAGAGUGGGGUAAUCAAUGGACUUUAUUCUGAUGACAUGCUCUUUCUCAGACAACUGGUCUUGGAUGGUCAGUGGGAUGAAGUUUUGCAAUUCAUUCAGCCUUUGGAAUGCAUGGAUACCUUUGACAGGAAGAGGUUUCGUUACAUUGUCCUGAAGCAAAAGUUUCUUGAGGCUCUAUGUGUGAACAAUGCCAUGUCUGCAGAAGAUGAGCCUCAGCAUCUGGAGUUUACCAUGCAAGAAGCAGUCAAGUGCCUCCAUUCUCUCGAGGAGUUCUGCCCCUCUAAGGAAGACUACAGCAAACUGUGUCUGCUCCUCACACUGCCUCGCCUCACAAACCACGCAGAGUUCAAGGACUGGAACCCCAGCACAGCCAGAGUUCAGUGUUUUGAGGAGGCGUGCACCAUGGUGGCAGAGUUCAUUCCGGCUGACAGGAAGCUGAGCGAGGCCGGGUUUAAGGCCAGCAGAGACCGACUCUUCCAGCUGCUUCUGAAAGGAGUUCUGUACGAGUGCUGUGUGGAGUUCUGUCAGAGCAAGGCGACGGGGGAGGAGAUUACAGAGAGUGAGGUGCUGCUGGGAGUCGACAUGCUGUGUGGGAACGGUUGCGAUGACCUGGACCUGUCCCUGCUCUCCUGGAUGCAGAACCUCGCCGACACCGUUUUCUCCUGCGCAUUCGAACAAAAGCAGCUAAACAUUCACGUGGACCGCCUGGUCAAACCUGCUAAGACUGGCUACGCUGACCUCCUCACUCCGCUUAUCAGCAAACUCUCGCCAUACACCACCUCCCCUCUCCGCCGCCCUCAGUCUGCUGACACCUACAUGUCGCGCUCCUUAAACCCGGCGCUCGAUGGACUCUCUUAUGGGCUGUCCGGUCAAGAUAAGAGAGCAAGUGGUGGAGAGACAGCUCCAGGAAAAGGAAUCUCUCCCAUGUCUCACUCGUUUGCUAAUUUCCAUUAUCCCGGAGCAGCGGGGCAGAGCCUGAGCAGGAGCCUCAUGAUGGAGAGCGCCGACUGCCAUCGCAUCUUUGAGGAAUCCCCUGAAACGUCCAGAACAGACACACCUGUGGAUAAGAUGAUGGGCUCAGAUGGAUCUCAGAACGCGCGUCCUGCUUCCGCUCCAGGCGAGGACGCCCCGUUAGCUGGCUGCACCGACAGCAAUGAGCUCCGUGACUCGACAGAGAAGUACGAGGAGUAUUACCGCCAGCGUCUCCGCGUCCAGCAGCACCUGGAGCAGAAGCAGCAGCAGCGACAAAUGUACCAGCAGAUGUUGCUGGAGGGAGGCGUCCAGCAGGACCCCCCGCCCGCCGACAUGCAGCACAGCCUCACAGAGAAGUUCCUCAACAGGUCGAUCCAGAAGCUGGAGGAGCUCAACGUGGGGAUGGAGAACAUUGGCGAGGAGGUGAAGUCUCUGGCCCAGCAGUGCAACGGCAACGGGAACACCCCCACCUCCGAGGACAACAAUAACCCUCCAUCUGUGACUCCAGAGCAGGGGCGCCCCCGAGGGGGAGGGGUGCUCAGCAGCACCCCGCAGCGCACCGUCGGAGGCCGGGUAAUCCCGCCCCCAAAUGAGUCCCCCGUAGUUUCUCAGAGUGGGCAGAAACCUAAAGCCGAAAAGCAAGGUGACUCCCCUGGUUCUUUGUCCCGGAGUAAAGAGGGUGAAAAACCCAAAGACCUGUUUGUGCCGGUGCACUCUUUGGAGGACACUCAGGCUGUCCGAGCUGUGGCGUUUCACCCGUCUGGAGCUCUGUACGCUGUGGGUUCCAACUCCAAAACCCUGCGUGUGUGCGCUUAUCCAGACUCCCUCGACACAAGUAGAAGCUCAAGUUCACUUAAACAACCGGCUGUUCGCUUCAAAAGGAACAAACACCACAAAGGCUCCAUCUACUGUGUGGCCUGGAGUCCCUGUGGACAGCUGUUGGCCACAGGCUCCAAUGACAAAUACGUCAAAGUCCUGCCUUUCAGUGCAGAGACGUGCAACGCUACAGGACCAGACCUGGAGUUCAGCAUGCAUGAUGGGACCAUAAGGGACCUGGCCUUCAUGGAGGGGCCAGAAAGUGGAGGUGCCAUCCUGAUCAGUGCUGGAGCCGGAGACUGUAACAUCUACACCACCGACUGCCAGAGAGGACAGGGGCUGCACGCGCUCAGUGGACACACAGGUCACAUCCUGUCUCUGUACACAUGGGGAGGCUGGAUGAUCGCUUCUGGCUCUCAAGACAAGACGGUGCGCUUCUGGGACCUCAGGGUCCCGAGCUGCGUGCGAGUCGUAGGAACCGCCUUCCACGGCUCAGGCAGUCCCGUGGCGUCUGUCGCAGUCGAUCCGAGUGGCCGUCUGCUAGCAACAGGACAGGAAGACAGCGCCUGCAUGCUGUAUGACAUCAGAGGCGGUCGGAUCGUUCAGGUGUACCGUCCGCACGGCAGCGACGUUCGGUCCGUUAGGUUUUCCCCCGGAGCGCACUACCUGCUGACGGGGUCCUAUGACACCAAAGUCAUAGUCACCAACCUUCAAGGUGACCUGACCAAACAGCUGCCUCUGACUGUAGUGGGAGAGCACGGAGACAAGGUGAUUCAGUGUCGGUGGCACCCGCAGGACCUCUCUUUCCUCUCGUCUUCUGCUGACCGCACCGUCACACUGUGGACACACAACCCCUAACAUCAUCACUCUAACAGCCAACCAGUUUUAACCCUAACAUUUGAAGGUGUCAAACAAAAUUAACUUUUUUUUUUCCUUCUGACCUUUAAAUGGAAAAAAGCAAAUGAACAUGGGACACCUUAAGCACACAUUGCAUGCUCUCCUUUGUCUGUCUCUCAACUGUAUUGUUGACGUGCUGACAUCUACAGCUGGAGUAAUCAUCUGGAUUCAUUAGUCAGCGCCUGCAUGUCGCCUUCACCGUCGUGGAGGUUUAACAGGACAGGAGUGCUUUGUUCAUUACGGUGCCUUCUUCUUUGAGUUCGUAACUAAAUCAACUCAUAAUCUAAUAUUCAGUGUUUGGAGAAGUUGUACAUUCCUUCUGUUGCAUAUCAUUAUCUGUCAGCUGUCAUGCUGCUAGUUGAAUUGUUUUCAGUAGUGAGCUUCUGUUGAAACAUGAUACUGUUGUGUUGCUGCUCUGAUGCCAAACGUUCCUGUACACUGCGACUACUGAAAAUGUGUGGAAUAGCUUUUGCAUUUGUUUUACUUUAAACUUUUUAGCUUGCAAUCAAAAACACAAAUGUUUAAGGGAAAUAUGUUUGAAGGUUAAGUUCACUUUUACCUGCUGUUGCAGUGUACAAACAGUAGGGGGCAGUCUUUGUCCAAACUAAAUGCAUACCUUUAAAAUGGAAGUGUUUUAUUUAUUUAGAAACAGUAUUUGGGGCAUAUUCACUUUAUUUUAACAGGCACUUUUAACAUUUUUUAUUAGUUUUCUUACAAAUGUGUGUAUUUAAUUUGUGUUCUGUAUAGUUUUCAAAGUUGAGGUCAAUCUAAUAAAAAUAGACGUAUUUAUUUGAGCAUCUUCAUGUACAGCUGGUUUUAAAAUGCUAGUGGCUUUCAUGUUAGCCUUUUUGAAGUUGUGAUUUUAAAAAGUGACUUAAAUUAAUUUGAGCUAACUUAAGUCUAAUUAUUGGUACGUUGAAUAAAGUGUCUUUUACACAAA